AUGUGCACAGUCUCGACGACCCCAUUCCUCCUCACAUCCGAUGCCUCGUCCUCUUUCUACGCUGCCCCACUUUGCCGAAUCGUCGCGAAAGAGGCGCUGACGUUGCGACGAUGUGGCAGGAUUGACUUACGAGUCCCUUGGCUGAUCCGUCCAAAUCGGUGCAAUCUGUCUGGCCAAGUUGUAGACCUCCAAGUUGUACAGUCUCUAAAUUGUCAAUACAGCACAACACAACACAACACAAAAGUGCCACACGAGACUGCAGCCAAACCGAUCCAUCAGACCAUCUCAGUCGUCGUCUCGAAGAUCGUCAGAAAUAGGCAAAAGCCGGGUUAUACAACUUAA